AUGUCUCGCAUUAGCAGUGAGGAACAACUCAACUUUUUGUUGAGCUGUGUGAAGAACUCAAACAAUGGAAAGGUCAACUUUGAUCUUGUGGCAAAGGAGUGCGAAAUUGUGAGCAAAGGCGCUGCAGCCAAGCGUUACGAACGCCUUAUGAAGGCGAACGGCAUCAACCCCAACGGCGGCGGCCCAGCAAUUGUUGCUGAUGGAGAGGUAGUAAAUUCUGGCGAAGCUACGACUCCAAAAAAGAUACGCAAGACCCCGGCUAGCAAAAAUGGAACUCCAAAGGAGCCCAAGAAUGAAACCCCUCGCAAGCGCAAGGGAAAGGCAGCUGUUGCUGAAACUCCGACUAAAAAGGCCAAAUCUAUUGAAAAAACCGAGGAAGAUGAGGAUAGCGAUGAGAACUCUACUGGUAUCAAGGACGAAUAUACCGACGCCCAGGACCCUAGCAACGACGAUGAGUAUCUCGAAACUGAAGUCUAG